CGCGCUGUGACGUGAGUUGGCCAUGGAGGCUCUGGAGGGUGUCUCCAAGCAAGGCAUCCGUGAACGCAUUUGGGACUAUAUGGAAUCACGUGAUUUAGCUGACUUCCCCCGACCUGUGCAUAACAGGAUUCCGAACUUUAAGGGGUCUUACCUGGCUUGCCAAAGCAUCAAAGACCUGGACGUCUUUGCUGGGACACAGGAAGUGAAAGUGGACCCUGAUAAGCCCCUGGAAGGUGUCCGGUUGCUGGCACUGCAGAGCAAAAAGACACUGCUGGUCCCAACUCCACGGCUGAGGACAGGACUGUUUAAUAAGAUCACACCACCUCCUGGAGCCACUAAAGACAUACUGAGGAAAUGUGCCACCUCCCAGGGCGUGCGGAACUUCAGCGUCCCCAUGGGCUUGGAUUCCAGUGUCCUUGUGGAUUUAGUUGUGGUGGGAUCUGUUGCUGUGUCUGAGAAAGGCUGGAGAAUUGGGAAGGGAGAAGGCUAUGCCGAUCUUGAGUAUGCCAUGAUGGUGUCGAUGGGAGCUGUCCACAAGGGGACUCCGGUCGUUACCAUUGUCCAUGACUGCCAGGUUGUUGACAUUCCUGAGGCUCUUCUAGAGGACCACGAUCUCACGGUUGACUACAUCAUCACUCCGACCAGGGUCAUUGCUACAGACUGUGCACGCCCAAAGCCAACAGGGAUCAUCUGGUCCAAGGUCAGUUGUGAGAUGCUUACGAAAAUCCCAGUGCUCAGGAUCCUCCGUGAGCAAGAGAAGCGGGCUGGAAAAGAUGUCGCUCUUCAAGUUGAGCCUGGCAGCCAGCACCCAGCUCCAAGCACCAUGAGGAGACCCCGAGAUAUACUGCAAUCACAAGCAGCUUCCCUAGGAGGGUCUCAUAGCCCCUUGCACGGGGUGGACACCCAACCAGCUGCCACUGUGUACGUGGGAAACCUGCCCUCUAAUGCUCGCGUGCGUGAACUGAAGAGAGCCCUCCAGGAGCUGGGGGCAGUGCCCCUGAGGCUUACCUGGCAGGGGCCACAGCACAGGGCCAUUCUACACUAUGCUGACUCAGCUGCUGCCCAGCAGGCUGCCUCCCGCCUUCAAGGCCUACAUCUAGGUGCCAACUCCUUGAGGGUGGCACUGGGGCAGUAGAGGGAUACGUGACCUGGUGAGCAGCCCCCAAUGGAAGAGCUGUGCCAUCUCUUGUUGGAAUGCCUCUGAC